AUGCAUAAUUAAUUAAUUGAAAGAAAUGCGAUUGAAUCUCUUUUGAAUGUUUGUUACGACGAUCAACCUUAAUAUGAUAAUGAUUAUGAAUAAGAAAUUAGAUCAUUAUUAAAGCGAACUAUCCCUGUUAAACAAAGAAAAGAAGAUAAUGAAAUCGCAUCUCGGUAAAACACUAUAAGCUUUCGUACUCCGUUAAGAUAUUAAAAUGAGUUUAGAUUGAAAACUGAAACUAGAUCUCAGAUUAAACAACCGAAAACUCAAAGAAUUCCAAAACAAAUUCCUUAAAUAACAUUGAAAUAAUCAGUAAAACCUCAAGUCAAGUCAUUUCGUGAUAUUAAUCAUAAAAAUUAAGUUCCUCUGAAAGCUUCGAUUGUGUCCUUAUAAAAUUCCACUGGAUUCAGCUUUCUCAACACCUCUGAAUAUUAAAACCCUGUAUUGGUAUUUUAAAAAAAGUCUUUAUAUCUGCCGAGAUUUGUCUUAAGAUUAAAGUAACAACAAUUAUUUAAUUAAAAGUGA